GAUUUGCAGUACGUAACCCUAUUCGACUACUGCGAACUUGUAAACUCUUGUUUCUUGUGGGGUCGAUAGAAAAAAGUAUUUAAAGUGGUAAAAUAGUUCAAUUUAGCAUACAAAAAUAGUGCAAUUACGAUGUCCAUGCGAGGAGGAAAAAAUCGUGGCCGGAAUUGGAAUCAGGGCGGUUCAGGUGGUAGGAAAUUUUACGAUGCUUCAAGCAACUACUCGGAGCAUGAUGACCGGGUGGACAGAAACCGUGAUCGGAACAGUGGCGAAAUCAAACGACGCGUUAGUUUCAAACCAUUCAAUGGGGGCCGUCACAAGGGCGGUCCGAUGAUAUCUAACAUCAAAAUUCGUGCCCACUUGGAAGACGACGAGGCCAUGGCUGGCGACGGAUUCGAAGGUGGAGAGCGGAAAAAUUUCUAUAAAGGAAAUAAUAAGGGAUUUAACCAGCGACGCGGGUCGCCAAUACCGCGCGGGAGAGUGAUUCACAAGAAAAGACUGAUUAGCGGUCCAACCAGUUGGUUUGAGGUCAAGAUUCCGUUUGGUCACAAGUAUGAGAAGGAUUUUAUCUUGCGAUCGUUGCUCAAUUCCAUCAAACCGGAGAUUUUCAUUCCACACUACUGGAAGGUGGAAGAUACGGCCGUUAGCUUCUUUAUUGAGGAUUUUCCUGCGGCGGAAGCGUUGCAAAACAUUGACCGUACGAUCGAUUUGCCCGACGGGCGGAAGAUGAUUGUGAUUGUUCGCAACAGCACACCGAAAUUCCAGGUCAACGAGCAGCUGAAGGAACGCAUGAAAUUGGCCAUGGUAAAGCGGUACAAUCCAGCUACAAAGGCACUGAAUCUGGAGAAGUUCCACGCCGAUCCCGAUCUCAGUGAUAUCUUCUGUGCCCUGUUUCGGCCACAAAUUUUGCUGGCAGCGUUGGAUGUAAUCAAGGAAAACAUUCCCGACCUGGAGGCGUUGAAUUUGAACAAUAAUAAGCUGAAUAUGUUGGACCACUUCAAGCAGAUGGCCGUCAAGGUGCCCACGUUGAAGAUUCUCUACAUGGCGCAUAAUAAGAUUCCGUAUGUGACCUCGUUAGAUAGUUUGAAGGCGCUGAAUUUGGUGGAGAUCAACUUGGAAGGCAAUCCGCUCAAGGAACGCAUCAAAGACCAAACGGUUUACGUCAGCGAAAUCCGGAAGCGACUGCCGAAGAUCAUCAAGUUGGACAACAUCGACCUGCCACCGGCGAUCGGUUUCGACGUGGCCGACGACGACACCAAACUACCGGUAGCGAAAGCGUCCUUCCUCUGUGACGCUGCCGGGGCGGAUAUCGUGCGCCAGUUCCUGGAGCAGUACUUUAUUAUCUACGACUCGGACAACCGCCAGCAGCUGCUGGACGCAUAUCACGAACAUGCGAUGCUCUCUAUGACGGUGUUCAAUAGCCCCAGCCAAGGCAGUCAGCAGCGGUUGCAGAGAUAUUUGACCCACAAUCGUAACCUCACCUCCAAGCGGGAUCUGGAAACGCGUUGUCGCUUUUUGACAAUGGGACGCUUACCGGUUGUUCUAUUCCUAUCGGAGCUACCUCUGACCAAACACGAUCCGCAGUCGUUUGUCGUUGAUCUAACACUGUUUACGCCUCAGUUGAUCGUACUAACUGUGACGGGGGUGUUCAAAGAGCGCAGACUAGCCGUCAUGAAUGAACCGUACCGGUCGUUCCAGCGCACGCUGGUGAUCGUUCCAUCUGGGGGCGGUUUCUGCAUACGCAAUGAAAUGAUCCACAUCAACAACACCACCCGAAUCCAGGACGAGAAGGCGUUCAAAGAAAUCCCACAGGCAGCGAUAGCGACACCAUCAGUGGCACCGGUUCCAACAGCACCAGUUCCAGUGUCGGUCGUCGGUGGACCGGAUGAUAACACCAAGCUGCAGAUGGUCCAAGCAAUGGCCGUCCACAGUAACAUGAAUCUCGAGUGGAGCAGAAAGUGUUUGGAGGAAACGAACUGGGACUUUGAGCGAGCUGGGUUCGCUUUUUCCGAGCUACACAAGCAAAAUCGGAUACCACCGGAGGCGUUUAUCAAACCUUAGGAGUGCGGUCGCAUCGCGGGACAUUCAUUCGGAGAGACUAGACUAAGAUUCCAGCUAGGAUAGAAAGGGGAUAUAAACUUAGGAAUUAUGCGUCGUUUUGGGGAGAAUGGCGAAGCUUGGCGUUGUCAUGAUUGAAGGUUUAACCUGAUUGUUAGAAUUAGAGUGUAAUGCUGACCUUAAUUGAUAAAACAAAAACAAAUCAAUAACGUGUGAAUGAAUGAAAUGUGAUACACUUUUUCUGUUUAUAUCCUGCGUUUCAGUUUCGCCAUUUUUCUUGAACGGGAGCCGAUUGCGGACAAAUGAUUGAUUUUCGCGUUGAUUAAUCGAAAAUGUGAAAAACAAUUAUUUUUUCGCACAAAUCGGAUUUUGUUUUAAUAAAUGAGUAAUUUAGGAGAUAGGUCCAAAGUCGCCGGUUAUUUCGAACGUCUCGCGUUUGUUGAUUUUUUUUCGUUACAAUCUAAUUGACUAGCGACUCUGGACGGAUGGUAUGUCAAAUUCGAUCGAUACAUAAAAACUUUGAAGAAAAAAGUGGUGUAAGACCUAUCAACUAUAUUUUAUAAGUUAAGCAAAAACAUCCGAUUGAAACCACUAUUGGUAUGUGACAACUGUAAAUGUCUGUGCGUUUGUGAUCUAUCGCAUGUGUAUUUUUGUAUCGCAGAUGAGCAACAAAAAAAAAAACUGUAAAUUAUGACUUAACUAAAAUAUAUAUUGUUUUUACCGUAAAAGAUUAUAAAUAGAAACUAUGAUAAGUAUCGAUUAGCUCGAUGACCAAGAAAAAAAAGAUAAAUAAAAGCUCAAAUUGUA